GGGCGACCGGUUGGGGCGAAAGUCGACGACGGCCACACAGUUGGACCGCCACGGUACCACGCCACAGUCUCAUCUAAGCCGCAGCUAUGCGCACAUCCUCCCUAUUAUAGCCGAAAUACCAUUCGCACUUUAUCGGGAGCGCCCCGCUUCACGACGCGUACGCGAAACGAAAGUUGCGAAUCGACGCGAAUAUCCCUAUUUGAAUUUUUGUUUUUUUUUAAACUUUCCGAACGAAACUAUCAGAAAAGUUGCAGUUGGCGGGCAAACGGUAAAGUUGUGUGUUGUGCAAAAAGUGCGUUUAGACGUUCAGAGCUUACGCAGAUUUGUAUUUAUUUUGUGUGCUACCUAUAUCUCGAUGUGCAGACUGAUUGUAUUGGUGUGAAGUGUAUUUUUUUUUCAUUUUGUGCACAAUUAUUAUUUGGAUUAUUUUGCUCCGGAAUUUUUGGAACAAUAUGGAAUUCUCGCAUGCGACUGGCACGCUUUUACAUGACAUUUAAUCAGUAUUAUCGAAACAUAAGACGUUUUUAAACACCGUUAUAAAACCAAAGAUGCUGGGGUGUGCUCCGAGGAGAGUUACUUCAGUCAUCUCUGUCACUGCAAAGAACAUAAGCUUCAGCUCGGCUGACGACAGCCGGUGCUUAGAUAAGUAGAUGUAUUGAGAACGGUGCUCGUAACAAAAUUUCGGCUAACAUUUCUAAAAGAGAAAUCCCUAAUAAUUUAAAUUGUCAAACCUGAAACAAAACUAGUCAAGUUUAAUAGCAAUAGUUAGUUACCAGAAGCGAGAGUUGCGCGGUAAUACAGGGCGGUUGCGCGUGCCGUGUCGCCACUGCGGUGGUAUGCGUUAUAUUGCCUAUUGGAUCGACUGUGCGCUGACUGGUCGCUACGUCACGUGGCUUCCCGGCGCGCGACUUCAGUGCUGGAUGCUACUAACUGUAUACACGUUACCACAGCUUGCCGUCUCUGCGAAGAUAUUGUGCCUCCUGAUGGUGGUGAUCUGCGGCGCGGUGCCAUCGAUGGUCCGUUCAGUUCGCCUCUACAACCGCUGCUCCCAUCUUUACGUCAACAUGUUCCAAAACGGCACCGUUAUGGCUGUCUCAGAUGGCAACGACCAGCCGAAUCUCACCAUCAGCACACGCGGGUUCAGCCUCGAACUACUCAUCCACUCUCCGAUGCAGGACAUGUACCUAUGCUUCAACCGGUCGCGGCUGGUCGGCAGGCGAUUGACGCGAUUCCAAGCGGAGAGACAGCCCAACUGCUUGUUCAAAGAAGAGUUUGUGGAAGGAUACAACAGAUACCACCUGACGAAGAACGCAGACCGUUACAUAGGUUUCAACAAACGCGGCAUGCAGCUGCGACGCGGCAAGAGUCGUCUGCCCAAGCAUGUUCACAAGUGCUUCUCGUUUAUAAAGGUGGCCCACGAUUUCGACAUCAACAGGCACAACACUGUCCUCGCAGGCGACUUGAGGCGUCCGCAGCGUAGACUGCGUGCGCCUAACCCGAAUGCCAUCAAACAACCUUGCCACGGCGUCCGCCACCACCACGGCAGGUAUCAGAGGCGGAGGAAUUGCGACGGAACGUAGAUACCACCUCUCCUCCCCCAAAAUUAGCAGCUUCACGCUUCAACGCUUCGCGCGUUCCGUUGCCAGCUGUUGACAAUGUGAGUGGACAGAGUAUUAGUCAACUAUCGCAGUAUUAUUACAGCGACGACGACUGGAUAGCGUUAGGUUAGCUCGGCGGUGGCCGCGGCGUCUCGAACGCCGCAUGAAUGGUAGCUGGAGCGGGCGAGCAAACAUUUGAAUGAGAGAAAAAGGUUGGACCGGGGCGACGCGGUCCGGAGUUGUGAAAUUCCUUAAGCUCAUGCAACAUCGUGGCGCUCGUUUGCUCUCGUCUGCGGUCGCACUCGUGCUCUUAAAAAGAAAAAGAUUUUCUGUAGAAUGAGCAAAUAGUAGUCCCGCCGGUCACGAGUCGGCCGAUAGACCACCGCUGGAUUGUGGUGUUUGCCCGCGGUCUCGUCAGUAACUUCAUCUAUGGCAGUAUCGAGAGCCGAUCGCUCCGGCUGGCUUGCCAUAAGUGUAGCAAAUGCCUUUACGUCAAUUCUCAGUGUGUUAUUAUUUAAAACGCUUUACUGUUAAAUUAAGUACGGAUCGUGUUAUGCUUGUAAAUAUAAUAAAAACAAAUAAUAAUUGUGUUUACUUAUUUAUCGAAAAAAAAUAAUCAGAAAAUAUGUAAACGUAGAUGUUAGUUGUAAAGUUGUAUUAAAAAUUUAAUUAUAUUUAAUUAUGGGUAUUUAAUCUAUCCGACCAACCGCUCUCUUGUGAUUAGCCACAGUUGAUAUAACCUAGAUUUCUUUAUCUUCACGUACUGAAAACGGUUUUUAUUAAUAAUUCCAGUUUUUUUUUAAAUUGUUUGUAUGGUUUUGAGAGUUUUGUAUAUAUUAUUUUAAGAUUUCGUAUGAGAGUGAUAGGUCAUUGAAUCUCUUUACAUUUUAGUGUGAUGCCUAGCUACUUCAUAACAAGAUGCCAUCUUAUUCCUCGUCUUUAUCCAUAAAAUCAUUUGAAAACGUAAAUACUUCUUCUUGCACACUUAUUUUAUUCAUGUUUAUUUAACGAGAUCUGUGCCAUAGAGGUGGCAGUGUAUGACUUGUGUUCGCAUUGUAACUAGAAUGUUAAGUUAAUGUCUGUAAACUACGAGUAGAUAAACAAAGUUUAACAUUUAAGAAAAUAACUGAUUUAGUUUGAUAUCUGUUUGUAAAAUCCCGUUUUUUAAACUGAAGGUUAAGUAAAAGAGAUGUCUUCUGUUAUUGAUAGAUAAAACUUCAGGAUUAUUAUUAAAUUAAAUCGUUUUAUUUAUUUAUUACGUAGAGAUUGUAACCUAUUAAUUGCUGUCAAAUAGCAAAUUUUGUUUCCAUCAUGUAUAAAAUAUACGUUAUUUAUUGUGUUUUACAUUCCUACAAUAUUCCAGUUUUAAUGAAAUAUUAUACUUUGUGUCCCCGGAACAUUCCAAAUAAAUUAAUGCCAUGUAAAAACAUUUAUAGAUACAAAAAAUAUGCGCUUAAAAUACAUAAUAAAUUUGUAAAAUAGUUUGACACUGUAUUAUCGUGUCUAAUUAUAAGUUUUCAGACGCUGGAUGAAAUCGUAUAAUUGCUAAGAAAAAUUAUGAAAUUAAAUAUUAACUCGCAU